AUGGCAUCUUACCACAUCCGCCAGUACCAGGAACGGGACCACAAGCAGGUCGUGGACUUGUUCUCGGAUUCCAUGAACGAGCACACCCUCACCAGCUCGCACCACAUGCUGAAGCUGCCCCGAACCAUGGCGCUCCUCCUCGGAGGGCCCCUGGCCGUCCUCCUCCUCACUGGCUCCUGGCUUCUGACCCUCCUGGCCGGCCUCUUGCUCUUCCCUGCCCUACAGUACUUUGGCAAGGUCCCUUGGCUGCAGUUCAUAGUCAUGGCUUUGAACAGCGACAUGUCUGACAUCAGCAAAUACUACCUGAGCGGGCCGGGCUCCUGUUUCUGGGUGGCCGAGUCCCAGGGCCGGGUGGUGGGCACGGUGGGGGCUCUGCCCGUGAAGGAGCCCGCCCUGAACAGGGAGCACCUAGAGCUCUUCCACCUGUGCGUGGACUCAGCGUACCGAGGCCAGGGCAUAGCCAAGGCCCUGGUGAGGACUGUGCUCCAGUUCGGGCAGGACCAGGGCUACAAGGCGGUUGUCCUCAGCACCAGCUCAUUGCAGUACGCGGCCCUGGGCCUCUACCAGCGCCUGGGGUUCCGCAAGACCCACGAAUACUUCCACUCUUUGGCCUGGAGACUAACCGCCAUCCCUGCGGUUAGAUUCGUUUACUACUUCUCUUCCUCUCCGGUCCCCCAGAGGUCUAGGUAG